CGAAGAGCCGGCUCGAUUUCCGUUUGAGAAGCAUGUAGAAGGCGGAAACUGCUGCGCUCCCUUUUCGCUCUCCCGUCACUCUCUCCGUUUCGUCGAGGGUUCCAAAUCUAGUGUUCCUCGUUCCAAAUCUAGAAGGCGGGCACUUGGAUUUGGUCCGGAGAUGGAGCCAAUCGCUUCCGUUCUGGAUACGAUCAAGGGUUUCGUUCAAUCCGGUGAGCAAUUCGUCAAGGGCGCAUUCCAGAGGUGCUUCGAUCCCCACCGCAAGAACCCAAUAGAGAUUUUAAAGCGUUUGCAACGGGAAACAUUUUCUGAUUUGAUGAAGAUAAGAGAUAGACAAGAUAAAGUUGAACGCAUAAUUUCUUCAUUCAUGUCUGGCAAAGGAAACCCUUUCCAUGAAGCUAGCACACAGUUGAAAGGGAUAAUCAACGUUGAUGGUGCUUUGCUUUUUCAAGAUGAUCAGCAAGCAUAUCAUGCUCUGGAUAGUUCCAGAAUAAAUACUGGCAUUGAUUCAAGGUUUACUUUUAAGAUUAAUCUUAGACAGAAAGAUGCUUUGUUUGCAGAGUUUGCAUCUCAUCAGAACACGUAUCAUGGCAAUGGAGUUACUGGCAGCCCUCUUGUACUGUCAAAAGUGAUGUAUCUGGCGAGUAUCAGUGAUUCGCUGUCUGUGAUUUCAAUACCAUAUGGAGCUACUUGUAAUGAUUUCCUAUAUGAUUCAGAUCAUACACAGGGUGAGUGCCUUACUGUUAGGCCACCUUUGUUCAAUUUGUAUCAUGCUUGUGCGGUCGGCUUAUCUGUUAAAACAUCAAAUUUUGCUGCUGCUUUUGCUGAACUGUUCUCUGGUUGGAGAACAGAGAUGGGUCCUGCUAGUCACAGUAAUAAAUUGAGCACGUUUGGGCAAAUAUCCUUUCAAAAUUUUGGAGAAACUAGAUUCACACUGUCUGGUGUGUGGCACAUGCCAAGAUCGUUCUCUCUUCCAAUUAGGCUUUGCCGUUGCGGAUCCUGUUCUAAACCAGAUGAAAUGGAGCUAGCAUUUCCUGUCACUGGAAGGCGGUCAACAGGAAGUUCUGGUGGAUCCAUCUAUAUGUCAAUAGAUAUUGAUGAAAGUUCAAAAUUUGGGGUCUGGUUUGAGGUACAGAAAUUAAACCCAACUAUAACAAAGUGGGCUCUCUCCUUGUCUGACAUGCCAGAAAGUGAGAUUGGAUGGGGCAUUACAGUGGAAGGAAGCUCCAAAGGACAAUCUAAUUCAGUUCUGUUGGAGAGUUAUCUAAAUUUUAGUGUGGGCAAAAAAGCCAGUUUGCAGCCAGGUCUGGCCUUUAUCAUUGACGAGAGAAGUCGAGCACCUGCACUGGUGUUUCGGUCUAUGUGGUCUUUUUGAAUUUUUUUUUGUUAAUGAAAGCUUAUCAUUAGUCAUGAAAGGUUGGAAAUUACGGUGAUGCUGAGGUUUAGUAGGCACUUAAUCCUCCUGAACCAGUCCAUCACAACACUGAUACAUGAGUAGAAGUGCAAGUUCAGGCAUCAGGAAUUCUGAUAGUUUUUCUCAAGGAAUUUUGAGUUCAUGGACUGCUAGAGACUUUAAAGGAUAUGAGAUGAACUUUGUCGGGGGGUUUAAAAUUACUAUGCGGACUAUGUUAAAUAUGAUCAUUGCAAGGCUAAAGGAAUCGCUGAGGGAGAUGCAUUCGUACCGCAGCCUUCCAAAACCCCUCGAAUCCUCCGUCUCAUCGUCCUUGCGAUCGAGCUCUCGAUCAGGCCUGAUGUUAUCCGCUUGAUAUUAAUGUGCGUGCGAGAGAGCCAAAUGAAAUCAGCUUCCGAAGAAGGAUUCAUCUUUAACAUCGGAUUCGAGCUUUAUAGUGUGCUGAUGAGGGAUCGAUGGGUUCUUCUCGAUGGUCGCUUCAGAGGUUUGGGGGUGGGCUGUCGGUGUUCUGAUGCUGGAGGAAAGAUUUGAUGGAGAUCCUUCUCGGGAACCAUCAAACCUUUGGAAAAUAAGCUAUCUUUGGGAGCUUUAAUUGCUCUCGCGUUUUCUGAAGCACAAGCUCUCGAGUGUGACAUCCUCUUCUCCCAAACCUUCUUGUCGGCAUCUUGAGCUGCAAACCUCUGCUGAUGUUUCUCUGAAUCCUUCUUCUUCAGUCGGCGUGAAAAUGGCAUCCUGAGAACAGCUCGGGGAGCUCCCGAACGUGGCCCAACUGGCGGGCCUCAACGCCGUGCAGCUGAUCGGGCUCAUCGUCCAGGCGGCUAACACUGCCCGCUUGCACAGGAAGAACUGCCGGCAUUUCGCGCAGCAUCUGAAGCUGAUCAGCGAGCCGCCGGAGCAGCUCAAGGUCUCGAGCGGCUUGAGGAUGCGCCACGGCGGUCCUACAUUCUGGCUGGACAGCUGUCAGAACCGGAGUUACGUCUACCUUCUUGCAAUGGCUCAGAAUGAGAUUGAUCGGUGCCUCAAGAUUAUGGUGAGGGUUCUGGCUUUCCAUCCUCUCUAUUUGUCAAUUCCAUGUCACAUAUUGAUUGUUAGUCCCUACUUUUAGUAUAUUACAAGGUGAUGCUUUGGUUUUUGUAUACUUUGAUGAUGACAUUGUGGGUGCAGUCUCUGUCAACAGAUGCUGCAUGCUCAACCUAAUAUAAUGGGGGUUUGAAGAAGCUUGGAUUGUUCUCUAUUAAUCGAUUUAAAUUUCUUAAUAAGUUCUCUAAAUGAGUCAUAAUGACUAAGCAAAUGGCCUCAGGUUUGAUGAGAUAGAUUCAGUAUCUCUUGAGGUUUUGACGAGCUUUACUGUUGCUAACAGCAUUGUGUUCCAAUCAUCUGUAAUAUGAUCAGUUUUUUAGGUGGCUAAGGGAAACUUAUCCAACCUUUUCCCCUUCUUCAAGGAUGUUCUUUUGGCAUUCUAGUGCCAAAUCAAGAUUUACUGGACGGAGCAGCUCCUGGCCUCAAACCAUGGCAUGCUUCUGGGUCCAACUGCGAGCAGUGGAUUCGUAUCUUGAAGAGUCAUUCUUGCACAUAUGAGCAAUCUCAGGGACCAGUGGACCAUCAGGGUUUGGAUCUGUGAGCAAGGAACAUACGGAGAGUAACACCUGCAUCCAAUCCAUGUCGUAGAGAAGUUGAAUACAAUGUUAAAAUCCAGAUGUUCCCAUUGCUGUUGAUGUUUGGAUGGAAAACCUUCGUUUUGAAUGCUACCGCAUAUGCCAUAAUCUCAGUGAACAGAGGACUUCAUAUGAGUUUCGAGUGUUGCUGAUACCCUGGGAGGCUUGAAUGGAGAGUCUGGAGCGAAAUGAAUGGUGACAAGGAAGACUCCACCACAAUAAACUCAGUGAUCAUACUGCACUUAGCUUUCUGAUUCUACUAGUUAAUAAAUUGAAGUUAUUUUGAUUCAAAUUUGGAAAAUUUGUACAGCAGUUUGUUUCAGUUGAGUUGCCCUGGGAAAAACUUGCAUUUCCAACUUUGUUACCUUUAUAAAUUAUGGGAACUAGUUGGGCUUCUAAUUAGGAGUAAAUUAGGCCCAGCACCAUGAAGGCUACCAUGACUACAGAAGUCGGAAAUUUUAACUGCAGAUUGCAGAAGCAAUCUUGAAUUGUGACCCGAAAAACCCGAUUAAACUAGAGCACCAGACUAUGACGGAAAUUAUGACUGCUGAAGUCAGAAAUUUCGAGUGGAAUAAGUUGUGACUUGAAAAUUUAAGGAACCAACUUACCUGGUGGAGAGGAAUACAGGAACUAUAGUUUCAUGUUUAGGUAUUGACAAUUAUAGUUAGUGGCAAUUGGAAAUUAUAGUUUCAAUAUAUAUUGGCACAUAGUCGAAUAAUUGCUCAUAUAUGUUUAAUAUUCUUUUUGUCUGUUAUUGUUUUAUGAAGGGAUUUAGAUGCUGCAAGCAUCGUCAAAACAAAUGAGAAAUAUUAUUUUUUCAUAGUACCAAAUUAAAAAGGGACAAUAAUUAUAAGGUUGCUCCUUUGAACUGUGGUGCUACACUUAUUGAAGUUCCACGGUACCACUGCAAACCUUGGUGUCAUGGUAAGGUUGCUCCUUUGAAUGUGGUGAGCAAAUUUUGAUCAUGAAAAUAACUUCGAUGCUUGUAGGGCGUAAAACUGGAUAUAUUGAUGCUUCCUAUACCAUGCAUUAGCAAGAGUCUUAUAUGCAUUGGGCUGCCUCAUUUUUCUUUGGACAAUGUCUUUUUUAUGUGUUUGAUUUUAUUUUGUUAUCAGAUAGCUAUGAACCAAAAUUUACUAAAAUUUCAUGAUAUCCAGCUCGCUGGAGUUGUGGCUAUUGAAAUGACUGGGAGGGCCAACCAUCAACUUUGUUCCAGGAAGACAGGAUUCAUCAGUUUGCCCAAGAGAAGGACAACUUCCUGAUGCUAAGCAAGGUGCGCCCCAUCUGAGAGCCAUCUUUUACAGGAUGGGUUUGUCAGAUAAGGAUAUUGUAGCACUUUCUGGCGGUCACACACUG